GCAUAACACAACUACCCAAUACAACCCUAAACCAUAAAGAACACUGCUAUGAACGAAUUCCUCUCAUCCCUCGGCCACCCGGUCGAGGACACCGAAGAGGAAUCCUUUCUCCUGUUCGCCCAAGAAAUCCCAACCACCAAUCUAGGCUUCGUCGACUCCCGCGCGCACUCCCUCGAGGUGACCAUCCACGGGAAGGAGUAUACUAUCCAGCAGUCGCCUUCGUUACUUUCUUCGUCGAGGGCUGGUGGGACGACUGGUGCGGUGCUGUGGAAGAUAACGCCACUUUUUGCGGAAUGGAUUUCGGGGCUUACGUCGAAUCCGCUGUGGACGCAUCCUGAUUCACCGUUGCAGCCGGCUUCGGGGAAGACGGUUGUUGAGCUUGGGUGUGGGAUAGCGGGGCUCGUGGCGCUUUCUUUGGGGCCUGCGGUGCAGCAUUAUGUUGCUACGGAUCAGGAGUAUGUGCAUCGGUUAUUGAGGGAGAAUCUUGAUGAGAAUAAGGGUAUUGCGUAUAAACUGAAGUCCGGGGUCUCGAAGGGGAAGGGUGGGAAGAAGAAGGGGGCGUCGAAGCAGGUACAGUCUGAGGAGUCGAACAUCUUCUUUACCUCGCUUGAUUGGGAGCUGGAUGCGCCGGACUUGUUGAAGAGGAGUGUUGGGAUAGCCCCUGAGAACGAUGAGGAAGACAACGGCUUUGACUUGCUUCUGUCCUGUGAUUGCGUCUACAAUGAAGCCCUCGUCGCGCCGUUUGUUCGGACUUGUGUAGAUAUCUGUCGUUUACGGCCUGCAUAUCACCCUGACAAGGCCACUGACGAGAAGGGGAAGAAUCCUACGAUCUGCAUAAUCGCCCAAAAACAGCGCACUCCGGAUGUAUUCGAGGCGUGGUUGGAAGAAACGCUCAAGACAUUUUGGGUCUGGAGGUUGAGUGAUGAGAUUCUCGGGGAGGGAUUGAAGGGCGGAACGGGUUACACGCUUCAUUUACUGGUUCUGAGGGAUGAUGCAUAG